AUGUCUUUCUCUGAACAGAUCUUAAACAACAAAUUUGAUGCUCUUGAGGAAAGUCAGGACUCAAUUGUCUCUACUUCUCAAUGGGUUCUUUUCCAUUAUAGAUAUGCAGAAAGAAUUGCUAAUGAAUGGGAACGUUAUAUAAAUAAAGCACCAAUUCCUAAAAAAUUACCAUUGUUAUACAUUUGUAAUGAAGUCGUUCAACAAUCUCGUGCCAAAAGGAAAACUGAAUUCAUUGAUGCUUUCCAAAAAAUCUUACCAAGAUCUUUAACUCAAACUUAUAAAGAAGUACCUGAAAAUUUAAAGAAAAAAAUUGUUAAAAUUGUUAAUAUAUGGAAAGAAAGAAGAAUAUUUCCUAAACCUAUAGAAAUCGAUGGUGUUGCUGCUGUAUCUUCUUCUUCUUCUUCGUCCAAGAAUGGGACACCUGAAAACACAAAUGCAUCAUUUGAUGAUAAAUUAAAAGCAGUUUCAAAUACUGGACAAAAAUUUCAAAAACUUUAUCAUGAAUUAUUAUUAAAAUCUAAUGGAGUUUUCAAAAAAGAUGAUAUUAAAAACUUGAAUAGUUUGAAAAAAACUAUAAAUGAUAAUAUAAUACAAUUACAAGAUAUAACUGAAAGUAUAGAAAAUGAAGUUGAUGAAAUACAUAAAAGAGAUAAAGCAGUUGAAGAAAAACGUAAAGAAGUAGAAGCUAAACAGAAGGAAAUAGAAGAUCAAAAACUCAAAGACGAAAUCAAGAGAAUAGAAGAAGAAGCUAAAAGAAUAGAGGAGGAAAGAAUUAGAGAAGUAGAAGAAAAUAUGAUUCCAACUUAUGAAGAAGGUUCUGAUUCUGAUUCUGAUUCUGAUGCCCCAAAAAGAAAGAUUGACAGUGAUAGUGAUAGUGAAGAUGAAGUGGAAGAUAAAGUUAAAGAUGAAGAGAAAAACAAAGAUAAUAUAGAUGAAAAUAAAGAAAUUGAAAAUAAAGAAGAAGAAAAUGAUAAUGAUGUCAAUGGUAAAGAAAGUACAUCUGAACAACCACCAACAAAAAAACUGCGAUUUGCUGAAUAG